GGCCAUGAGCCUAGGAAGAGGAGCUGCCACCCAGACCUCUGCCAACACCUUGGAAGAGGCAGCCACACGGGAUGGCACUGAGAGACGGCCACGGUCCCCUUCGCCAGGUUUGGAGUGUGGUCCACAGAGGUCCACCCUCGUGUCCUGCCACCCGGAGAAGCAGCCCUCUCUGCCCCUCGUGCAGGGCAGGCGAAUACUUCAGGAUCCAGGAGCCCUGCCGAGGUCCUGCAGAGGAGCAGAUCCUACCAGGCUCCUGAGGUCACUGUGCGGCCACUGCACUGUGAGGACAGAAGACCUGGGUCCACCCGUGGACAGUUUAGUUACAUCCUGGGGGCACUGCACAAAGCAGGGAGAGCCACUGGACGAGGAAGCACCUGCAGACCGUGGAACUAUGAAUCGUCGUGUUCUGUCCUGCCACACUGCAGUGAGCGAAGUCCGUGCAUCCGAUGAAAGCGGCCUAGCCUGUGGUCUUGCCUGCGGAACGACUCAGCGGCACGAGUACUCUGGCUCUGAGCAACUCACUACUGUCAUCGUGAUGAAACGCAGUGUAAAUGAAGCACACACUCCUUUCUGGAGUUGGUCUUUGUGGCUCUGGGCUCCCUUCCCAUAGGGGCAGCCAUGAGAACCACACGCUUCCCCAGGGUGGGGUGGUGGAUGGGCUGGGGCAGGGGAGGACCUUGUAAGGGGAGCAAAGGAAUCAGGGAGUAGGACAGGUGAGGAGAGGGACAGCCACUCACCAGCGAGAUCUCGCCGGACUUCUUUACAAGAAGCCCCAGAGGGCCGAGGCAGCGAGCAGCGGAGGGAGCGGACCGUGUCAGACCGAGACCGAGCUCCCGGGUGGCUCUGCAAUGAGCAUUCAGGUGCCUGCAGCAGAGAACCACUCAGGACUCGAGUUGGGGAAAACGAGUGUGGUGGCACUCAAAGUAGCUAGGUGCCCUGGAAACUGGUGCAUGGAAUAACCAGCCUGUGAAAGUGAGUCUGCCGCGACGCUAUUAAUGCCUGAGCCCUCCUGGGGUUCGUCUCUGGUGCCAGGCCUUUGGACCUCAAGCAACCUGAGUCCCUACGCUGUGCCAGGCACUGUACGGGGUGCUGGGGGUGCAGCACACGCCACAAGGACUCCCUCCACCUAAGUCUCAUGGUCCAGCUGGGGAAGGGGCUGGGGACGAGACACACCGCCACGGCCACCCCGGGGGGCACUCGAGGCCCCGCCUCCUGGGUGCCGCCACCUGCCACAGUGCCAUCAAGGGUGGCUCUCCUACACAGGGAGCUAGAGACGCCUGCUGUGCAGAGACACGAUCACAAGAAAAUCUUGUCACAAAGACGGUGUCAAACCCAGUGGGAGAAGGAGAGAGGGACAGAAAUCGGUGCUCUGGGUCUGCUCCAAAACCAGCGGUGCAGCGAUUAAAACAACGAGAAGGGGUGGUUUGAAAUAACAGCCCUGGCAGCUGAACUAACGUGGAAAUCAGGCCAGGCAGAGGGAGAUGAAAAAGGAAACCGGCUGAGACACAGACGAUAAAAUAACACGUGUUUGGCCUAAAACAUGAGCACAAAGGAUAUUUCUCAGCUGCAGAUAGGAUUGUGAAUUUGGCACGAUAAGGGGCAAAGAUCGCCCCGGAAUAUGUAGAUCAGAGCUGCCAUCCGUGGAGCAGUCCUCGGCUUCCUCCUGGGACGGCGGCAAACUCCACAGCCAUACCAGCCCUGUCCCCGACAGGACAGGGGCCUCCACCUCAGCCCACUGUGGGGGACCUGCCUGGGUCUCCCAGGCCUCCACCCUGAACCCCAGACACUGCCGCCCCCUGCUCACCCCACUGCAUAUUGGGGUGACAGACAGUGGGGAGCUGGCCCUCCACGGUCUCCUCAGUCAGACAUGUGGGCCCCCUAGGGCCCGGCAGAAUACAUGUUCUGGGGUGCGGGCUCCAAGUCGGGCCUGAGAGUUUAAAAUUGAGCUCUGCAGUCAUGCCAGCAACAUUUCAAGUCCCCAGGGGGCACCUCCUUGGGCACAACAGUACAGAACACCUUCAUCAUCCAAAAAGCUCUACCGGGCAAUGUGACAGACCGGAGGCCCCUCCCGUGCACGGCUUGUAAAACUCGUGUUGGAUCCCAACUCCCAGUGCGGUGACGGUAGAACCAGAUCCGCCCUGCUCUCAGGUCCUUUCUCUGGGGCACGGAGCAAUGAAGCCCAUAAAACAGUGAGGAGCAAGUGAGGGACAACGGCCAAGUGUGUGUCCACUGGAGAGGUUACAAGAGAAGCCCUCCAGCAGUCAGAGAGGGGUGUUCGAGAGGCAGGCACCACAGACGUGUGGGUCUAUUGGUUUUUUAUACAGUUGUGGGGACCGAGGUAGGUGACUGCAGGGAGAGGCGCUCCUGCCUUUGAUGCCUGGAAAGCCAACUGCUGUGUUGGCUUUUCACUUCCUCCAAGGUCUCACCUAUUUGUUUAAGAACCUGAUCUUUGUCUCUUGCAUGUCAUUAGGCCCCGAUAGUCUAUCCUGGUU